GCGGCGCGCGCCGCCCGCCACACCAAUCUUUAGUUACAUUUCGUGUUUCCGUUCGCAGUUCGUAGGUUUUGAACCGCGGUUCCAAAUGUGCACAAAAUUGUGACUCUCGAACAAAAUGCAACAAACAAAUUGUAUCCGGCAAAAUUUUAAGUAACCGCACUAAACGCAGUUCAAUCUAGGUUUAUUUUUGUUUAUAAGUUGGUACGUUAUGUUGUUUUGGUUUUUUUCGUAACAAACUGUACGGGAUCAAACUGUAAGCGACAGACUAGAGGAGAAGAGAAGAGAAGAGAAGAUGGCGCUCGCGUCUUCUGUCAGUUUGUACUACUCCAUCGUGCAGCGGGCUGCGAGGCACUAUCUGGAAGACUAUUGUCACACAGAUACAACAGCGCCAUACGUGCUCUACAAAGAUGGCGUCGAACGCGCCCCUCCUGGCACCCAGUGGGGAGGCGGAGUGCUGGACGGGGGCUACCAGCCCAUGCAGCACCAGAGCCCCGGCGGGCCCUCACCGCAGCCCGAGCCUCAGCUCGCGUCGCCCGCCCCCUCGCCGUAUCCACCCGCGCCGCCGCCUCCAGACCCCACUGGAGCAGCAGAAGAUGCCGCUCAACAACUCGCCCAACAACAGGCACAACAACAAGCUCAGCAGCAACAACAGCAGCAGCAGCAGCAACAAACGUCUCCAGAGCAUAUGCAAGUUGAGCAACAACUGCAGAGCCAGCCGCAACCGCAGCCCAACCAGGACCACCUCGACAGGACGCCCUGUUUCGUCCCCCAACCGGACUUACAGCAGCAAUACGCGACGCCUUACUUCAAAGAAACCAGACCGACCAGCCACAUGCUGGGGACCGGAGGAUUCCCAUUACACUACCUUAAACAGAACGGCGGAGUGCUCUCCCUCGAAGGGCCGCUCGAGCAGUACGCCGCGCCGGAGUUGCGCCACCUGCCAGACAUAGUCCAACCUGAACCGCCCAAGCCGCGAAAGCACAACCCGAAUUCCGAGCUCCGGCUCUUCAAGUGCUUGACGUGCGGGAAGGACUUCAAGCAGAAGUCGACCCUGCUGCAACACGAGCGCAUCCACACCGACUCCAGACCUUACGGGUGCCCCGAGUGCGGCAAGCGGUUCCGGCAGCAGUCGCAUCUCACGCAGCACCUCCGCAUCCACGCGAACGAGAAGCCUUACGCGUGCGUGUAUUGCCCGCGCUCGUUCCGGCAGCGCGCCAUCCUCAACCAGCACCUGCGCAUCCAUUCCGGUGAGAAGCCAUAUACGUGCGGCGAGUGCGGCAAACAUUUCCGCCAGAAGGCCAUCCUGAACCAGCACGUCCGCACACACCAAGACGUGUCGCCGCAUCUGAUAUUCAAGAACGGGACGACGCCCACGCUGUGGCCCCAGGAUGUGCCCUUCCCCGCCGACGAGAACAAGGAGGAGAUCCAGUCGACCUUCGGCGACACCGACCAGAACGGGGAGCAACGAGGCUCCUGCUUCUCGCCCGGCGACACCGCCCAGUACCCCGCCUACUUCAAGGACACCAAAGGCUUAAAUCACACAGUUUUCGGCUCCGGACUGUCUCUGCAAUACUUGAAAGGUGGCAAGCUGCCAGACGUUCUUGGCGGCCGCGCCAUGCCACUGUACGUCCGGUGUCCGAUUUGCCAAAAAGAGUUUAAGCAAAAGUCGACGCUCCUGCAACACGGUUGCAUCCACAUAGAGUCGCGGCCGUACCCGUGCCCCGAGUGCGGAAAGCGUUUCCGGCAGCAGUCGCAUCUGACGCAGCAUCUCCGCAUUCACACGAAUGAGAAACCUUACGGGUGCGUGUACUGCCCUCGCUUCUUCCGUCAGCGGACCAUUCUCAACCAGCACCUCCGCAUCCACACCGGAGAGAAGCCGUACAAGUGCACGCAAUGCGGGAAAGAUUUCAGGCAGAAGGCGAUUUUGGACCAGCACACGCGGACGCAUCAGGGCGACCGGCCGUUCUGCUGCCCGAUGCCGAACUGCCGGCGGCGGUUCGCGACGGAGCCGGAGGUGAAGAAGCACAUCGACAACCACAUGAACCCGCACGCGGCGAAGGCCCGGCGCGCGGACGCGUCCAAGACGCCGCGGCCGCUGCCGCCGGCGGCCGCGGUGGUGAAGCCGGAGCUGUACUUCCCGCAGUGCUACGCGCCGCCGUUCCAGCAGUUCCCGGCGGCGGGCGUGGCGGAGUUCAAGCCGGCCGUGGGCCCGGGCGCGCCCGUGGCCUGCCUGCCGGCGCAGUGACCCGCGCCGCCACCGCGGUGGCACCCAGCUCCUCACGCGCCCGCGCACCACGACCUCUACGCCGCCGACCGCCUCUACAACUAGGCGCCGCGCGGAGGCACGGUCCGGGCCGGCCGCGGCCUCACACCAGUAUACGAAACAUUACGAUAUCGGAUCGCUGUAAACGAGCUUCGAUCUGUAAAUAACGAUGUUGUUUAUCCUCUAUCGAAAGUCUGUCGGAUGUACAGUUUAAAAGUUCUUCACGAAUAGUGUUACCGUUGGAAAAACGAGUAAAAUAGCGUUUUUUGCCCCGUAAUAUUAAGUUACCAAGUAAGAAUUAGGUUUCUCGAUUCUUCUCGUACGGUCGAAAUUUUCAUUAAAUUCUAAGCAGAUUGAACCAGAGAUUAGAAUUUAAAACUCUACGUUGAAAUCUAAAAUUAAGAAUUGAUCUUUUACCACAUAACAAUAUUUCGCGAUGAAUGUCUCCAGCGCUGUUGCGCUAUUUGUAAUAAAUAUACAUAUUUUGUAGAUAAAUUUAAGUUAAUUUUAUUUACGAGUAUUAAGGGAUAUAAUCUGGCAAAUACGGGGAGAGGUAGACGAAUUUCAAGAUGCUCAAAAAAUAAUAUCUUUAAAAAGUAUUGGUAAAGAAUUUACACGGUAACUUUAGGUCCAAAAUUAGAAAAUUUUCGGCGGAGUGUCUCUGAACAUCGAUGAAAACAGAUUGAAGAAUGUAAACCAAAAACGUAGGUUACCUUUCGCCAUCGAAUACAUAUUUUGUUUGUUAGUAUUACAGAGCUCAGUUACGGCUCUGUCCGAGAGCAACACAGUAGGUGCCAAAUAGCGUAGUGUUUUUGAUUGAAUGUUUUCUACCAGUUUCUAUUAUAGUUGGCCUAGUUUAGGUUGUUACCAGUUUUUCAACGAUGUGACAAUUGAGAUGCAUUUAGGAGGAAGGGUCAGACUGAGAAAGGACUGUGAUAGUUAGGUAGGUUAGGUAUUCGCUCACUUAGCGUUAAAACUUCGUGUACGGCUGAAACGUGAUUGGAAAUCCCUUUUUGGAGACGAGUGAAUGUUAUCAGAUAGUUUUGUUUAUCAUUGUGUAUUCGCUUCUUUUGUAAGUAACUCGAAAUUGCCAAACGCCCGCGUGAAACGACGUUUUAUGUUCCUAAAUUAUUGAAAUUAACGCAUUUAUUUUAAGGCGGUUCGACGCCGGUUUUGCCUUCCCUUCUUGACUGAUUUGAUAAAGUAAUUUUGAGAGUGAGAUUAGUGAAUUUUACCAUUAGGUAACGCGUGUGAUGUCGCUAAGUGCUUUGUCGUAGUUUGAUCCAGGGACGAGGAUAUGCCAGACUAAUCUUAUUUCUAAUUUAGGUUAGACUAUCAACUUUCGAAUUACCAAGCAAUUCGACCAUUCAUCGCGAAAUAACUUAGGAGUUAGGGAAAUAAAGAUAUAUAUGAAUUUUUUGGCGCGUUGGGGUGCCCUGGUGGUGGCGGAUCGUCCUAAGUUGUUUCUCGUCCAAGAUAUACGAUUAGAAUAAGAAAAAACAUAGGAUGGGAUUGGAAGGGUUUUUGUGUGAGGUCGAUGUAUAAAAUACGUCACCUCCGUUGAAGCUAGUUGACCACGCGAGUCGGGUAGACUUUAAACGUGCAGGGCCGCCCGCGCACCCCAGCACGCGUUUUAACGUUUUUUAUCAUCUCUGUUUGUAUCUAUAGACGACAUAUAUAGCUUAUUUUACGAUAUUAUUGUGAUGGUUUCGUUUUCCUACCGCAUAAUAAGGACUGUUACUAUGUAUUAACAAAUAGAUGUAAUAGUAUUUGAAUUUGUGGGAGUCACGUUACACUUCGAUACGAUUUAUUAUUUAUCACUUCUCAAAGUGAAUGCAUUUCUUUCAGCGGAUUACGUGCGUCAAAUAAAUUUUCUCAUUGGACAGUUAUGAAAAUUGUAUACGGGUCAAGGUUGCGGCUUCUAUGUGUGACAAAUGGUUACAUUUCACGAAGAUAAUAUGGCGACAUAACCAGGCGCCAGAAACAAAAUUUAUGCAGCUGAUUACGCUGUUAUGGUGUCCCAGUGAAAGAAGCCCAUGGUUUAUACAUCUUACCGAUUAAUUGCGCCGCUAAAAAUUAUAUCAACUAAUGUAGAGACGCAACUUUGGACCGCCUUCAGAAUCGCGCUCGCGAAUUAAUUUACCAUUUGAGUUUCCUAUCAAACUUUUGGAGGUUUGCAAACGAAAAAUACCACAUUCGGAGAAAUUCUAAAGUAAUCUUCCGUGACUAGUGUUCACAUGUUCAACGUGUGACCCUCCCGGCGCGUGCGCCGCCCGGCCUGCCAUAUACAAGUUUCAGUUCCCGUUAUAUAUUUUAUAAACUGCCCUACAAUAAACAGCCUUAUACAAUAAUAGUCAUAAGUAUUUUUAUACAAACACAGACAAGAGGGACCGGGCGGCGCCGCGCUAUAGUAUAAAGUUUGAAUACAAACAACAUAGUGCCAUUGCCGAGAAAUAACCUCAGAUUUAUACUUAUUAGAUUUUUAUACCGAUACAAAUGGAUUUAAUUUUUAAAUAUAAACAAAGGUGAUUAAGUAUACAGAGAUUACAGAUGCUAUUUUAUACAUUUAUUACAAACAAUAUUAUUAAAUCGUAUGUGAAAUAGUCUUAAAGUUAGUCGUACCUAUUGCAACGUGCUAAGUACCUAAGGAUUUUGGAAACAGGUUUUAUAAGUUACUGAGUCUUGGGAGAUUGAAGAUGUCGAUUCCCCACAACUUACCACAUUUUUUUAAAUAGAUCGAGUAUGAUUUGACCGGAAAACUUUAUAAAUGUAUUCACAAAGAGAAAAACAAAACUUUUGGAACCAAAAUGGCACCACUUGCGAAAUUUUGAAAGCCAUCCACAUUUGCAGACUUUAAAAGUAUCAUGCCGAUUUUACACUGAUCGUGGUGCCUCGUUUGAUUUUCUGAUCAAAUCAUAAUUUUGCAUUUAGUUGAAUGUUGAUUUACAGCGUGGUUAUUGUAAAUACAUAUCAUCAGGAACUACUGGGCAGUGUUGCAUCGUUAAUUAAGCAUCCUUGUUACUGGUAAAUGCCAAUGUAACGGAAUAUGUAUGAGAGCUACAUUGGACAUUUAGGGCUCACAUACACUCAGCCGAGAUGCGACGCGUUGAAAGUUGCGUGAUUAAAAACUUUUUUGGCCAUAAAAUGUGACACGUUACCUCUGGGCUGAGUCUAUACGACCCUUAGGGGUGGGUUUCAACACUUACUGACAUUUUUCUUGGCAAUCAUUAACCAAAUCACUCAGCAAAUGAUGAAACUACCCCCACUUUUGUGUUAAAUUCAAAUUAACAUCUCGUCUUUCUAUCUUGCCAGUCAAAAGUAGUACUUUAUCGUGCAAUCAGUGGCUACCCCAGCUUAUAGUAUUUCGGUAUAGAUUUAAGUCAAAAUCAAAGUAAACGUUAGGAAUGUUCUGUUUAAAUUGCUCACACUUUUGUUAAGUUUUGCUCAAUAUCCUUGUAUGUGUAUAACAUUUAACGUUACAAUAUUAGUUAAAGUGAGUUUCUGUAAAAUAAUAGUUUUUUAUAGAGCACGGUUUUGCUUUUCUUAUGAUAUGUUACUUAAUGAUUGUCUGUGCCAAUGCUGGUGACACUUAUGUAACACUCCCUUUAUAAUAAUGUUUCGCAGUAAGAAAGUUGUAACGUCACUAUUCAUCCAAAAUUAUCAUUUUAAAGUUAAAAUCAGUUUGCAUUAUCAGCAAACUUGUCAGGCAAACCAUAUUCUUCUCUAUAUUUUACUUGAAUUUUAGGACUAUCCAGUAGUACCACGUAGUACUUUGUCAUGUAGAGUCUACCGAUAGAGGGAAAUUAGGUAACUAAAGUGUAUUUAAAGUGAAUAGUGUCGUUAUAAUUUUCAAAAUGCUAUACGUUUGCCAUCAUUAAGAGCUUGCCGUCCAGUUUUGAUUAUAAAGGUAACUUCAGCCACGUAAAUACCGGAUUUCUUUUCACAGAGUAUUUAUAUAGGUUUUAAUCAUGUUCCUAGCUUUUACUAUUGCGUACUUUAUUUGUAUUUUCGCUGAUAUUUAGGUAGACUUUCUGCAAUACAGCUCUACGUUACCGAAAUAUAUUGUGAGCUAGAAAUGAUAGCAUUUUAAUUAGAUUACUAGAGACAGCUUGAAAUAUUUUAAGUCUUUGAUCGUUGUGAUAGAGACACUAGAUGUUUGUCUAAAAUUUACUAAACAAGGUCGUCACUUGGUGAGAAAACAUAAUGGUGAUCUUGCUAUUAAAACAGAUUUGAUUCUUCCAUUUAUAAAGCUAUAUUGCAGAAAGGCGUAGUGCAUAAAAUGUAAACAAGCUUUUAAGAUACUCUAUAUAAAACUAUAUCUAUUUACUCGAACCAUUGUUUUAUGCGUUUGACAUCAAUAGGCAAUAUUCGCCAUAAUGUUCGUGCGUAUUAUUUAAUGGCACGUCUAGAAAAUUCACGUUACUGCUAUCUCUAUUUAGAACUAAAAAAAACUUAACAGUAACUGAUAUUAUUAAAAAGUAAUGGGUUGAUUUUAACAGGA